AUGCACGCGUACAAUCGGCUACCGAGCAGUGGACAUAACAGCCCGUCAUCACCGCCGUCGCCGCUCCUGUCUCCCAGGCUCCGCCACGGCCGGUCUAAAGCUGGCCGGUUCACUCCCGGUCCGGCCCCCAAAAGCCUAGCCCAACGCGUCGCUUGGGUCCUAUUAUCUGUCCUCCUCCGAAGACAAGGCAUAUUUCUCUUUGCUCCGCUUUUGUACAUCUCCGGAAUGCUGUUCUACAUGGGAACGAUGUCGUUUGAUGUGGUGCCGAUCAUUACUCACCGUCCGGCUCCGGGGUCAGUUUAUCGGAGUCCUCAGCUUUACUCGAAGCUCCGGCCCGAGAUGGAUUCGGCUAACUCGUCUGCCGAUGCGCUCUCAUUCGGGUUAGUUGAUAUACUCAGAUCAUUUGAUUUAGGUAACUUCAACAAAUUGUAUUUUGACACUAAUGUUGAUGUUUUGGUUGGACAGUGGGGACAAGUUUUUGAGAGCGAGCAAUUGAUUUUGGUGGUGGAAAGCAAAGUUCAAGAUCGUCAUGUGGUGUUACUGAAAUUUAGUCGUGAUGAUGGUGAAGAUUUGAUUGCCUCCAAUGUUGACAAUGAUGAUGGCAACAAUUGUAGUAUGGUAGUUAAGUCUGACGAUGAGUUUGAAUAUGGUAGUGGCCUACCCGAGUCAAAUGGGUAUAUACUUGUUGAGGCAAAUGGUGGCUUGAAUCAGCAGAGGACAUCGAUAUGCAAUGCGGUUGCUGUUGCGGGUUAUCUGAAUGCAACGCUUGUAAUUCCCCAUUUUCAUUAUCAUAGCAUUUGGAGAGAUCCUAGCAAAUUCGGAGAUAUUUAUGAUGAUGAUUAUUUUGUUAGAUCCUUGAAAAAUUAUGUGUGGGUGGUUGACAAGAUCCCUGAGUAUAUAAUGGAACGUUUUGACUUUAAUGUGAGUAAUGUAUACAACUUUCGAGUAAAAGCUUGGGCAUCCAUCCAAUUCUACAGGGAUACGGUUCUUCCGAAGCUACUUGAAGAAAAGGUCAUACGAUUUUCUCCUUUUGCAAACCGAUUGUCAUUUGAUGCUCCUCCAGUCGUUCAACGGCUAAGGUGCUUAGCAAAUUAUGAAGCUUUACGUUUCUCAAGCCCCCUUUUAACUAUGGGUGAUACUUUGGUAGCAAGAAUGAAAGAACGAAGUUCAAAUAAUAGCGGCAAGUACAUUUCAGUGCAUCUUCGCUUUGAGGAGGAUAUGGUUGCUUUCUCUUGCUGUAUAUAUGAUGGAGGAGAGAAAGAAAAAAAGGACAUGGAGGCUGCAAGGGAGAGAGGUUGGAAGGGAAAAUUUACGAAACCUGGUAGGGUUAUCCGUCCUGGAUCAAUCAGAGUCAAUGGGAAAUGUCCUUUAACACCUGUAGAGGUUGGUUUGAUGCUGAGAGGAAUGGGGUUCGAUAAAAGCACAUCCAUCUAUUUAGCAUCUGGAAUGAUAUACGACUCUGAGAGAUAUAUGGCUCCACUAGUUGAAAUGUUUCCCCUUUUACAAACAAAAGAGAUGCUGGCAUCGCCGGAGGAGUUAGCUCCUUUUAAGAACUACUCUUCCAGGAUGGCUGCCAUAGACUACACUGUUUGUCUUCAUAGUGAAGUAUUUGUGACAACUCAAGGUGGAAACUUCCCUCAUUUUUUGUUGGGCCACAGAAGAUAUAUGUACGGUGGACACUCAAAAACCAUCAGGCCUGACAAGCGAAAGCUAGCUGUAAUAUUUGCCAAUCCCAAUAUUGGGUGGAAAAGCUUCAAGCGGCAAAUGCUGAGUAUGCGGGCUCAUAGUGAUUCAAAAGGAAUUGCACUCAAAAGACCAAAUGACUCCAUAUACUCAUUCCCAUGUCCAGAUUGCAUGUGCCACAUGAACAAAACAGAGGAUUCAAGAUCACCACCCGUGACAUGAUGUGCCCCGGGCCCCUGAAGCAUGGGUUUUGGAUGUGUUUCCGUUCCUGCAAUUUUGUGUGCAGAUGUAGCUGCUAACCUCUUAAUCGGAUUGUGAUUCCUUCAUUUUUUCGCUGGGAGAGGGCGAACACAUGUAUAUCUGCUUCAAGGAUUUGUUACAAGACAUCAAUCUGAUUAUUUAUUGAGCCGUUGUUGAGGAUGACUUCAUUUUUUUGUGCAUGAUGCCAGAAGAGAAUACAAAGAUUUUCUGUUGCUGAAGUUACCCAGGUGUUAAUUUUACGUCAAUGCAUGCAUGUCGUUGCAGCUGCUGCAUCUGAUACAUAGCAUAGCUUUGCACCCUGGUGUUACUCUGAUUGUAUUUUGUACAUUAGUUGGUUAGAUCUGUACGAAUAAAACUAUAGAAACAG